AUGGACUAUUCGGCAAAAUGCCGGCUUAUCAGACUUAUAGAAGAGGAGGAGUCUAUAUGGAACACAGGAAGUGAAGACUACGCUCGACUAGACAAGAAAAAUGCGAGCUGGAAUAGAGUUCAUAAGGCGAUGCUCGAAUGUGGCUUCAACGGAGGAAUGCUCGAGCUAAAAACGACAUGGAAGAAUCUGAGGGAUCAGUGGCGGAAGAAUUCGCUGAGUAAAGCGUCGGGGAACAAUGCCAAACCAUGGACAUUCGAGAAGCAUCUCCUCUUUCUUGUAACAGGACAGACUGAAACGUGA